UCCCCAAGAUGGCGGCGCCCGCGGGCCGCGCCCCCGCCGUGCGAGGCGCGGGGGCUUGUGGGGGCGGCCGACGGCGGGGCCGUCAUGGGGAACUGCCACACGGUGGGGCCCAACGAGGCGCUGGUGGUGUCAGGUGGCUGCUGUGGCUCUGAUGAGAAGCAAUAUGUGUAUGGAGGCUGGGCCUGGGCUUGGUGGUGCAUUACUGACACCCAAAGGAUUUCCCUAGAGAUAAUGACGUUACAGCCCAGGUGUGAGGACGUAGAGACGGCGGAGGGGGUAGCUAUAACUGUCACAGGUGUGGCACAGGUGAAGAUAAUGACAGAGAAGGAGCUCCUGGCUGUGGCCUGUGAGCAGUUCUUGGGGAAGAACGUGCAGGAUGUGAAGAAUGUGGUCCUGCAGACUCUGGAGGGACACCUGCGCUCCAUCCUAGGUACCCUGACAGUGGAGCAGAUCUACCAGGACAGGGACCAGUUUGCCAAGCUGGUGCGGGAGGUGGCAGCCCCCGACGUGGGUCGCAUGGGGAUCGAGAUCCUGAGUUUCACCAUCAAGGAUGUCUAUGAUAAAGUGGAUUACCUGAGCUCCCUGGGGAAGACUCAGAUUGCAGCUGUCCAAAGGGAUGCAGACAUUGGAGUGGCAGAAGCUGAGCGGGAUGCUGGCAUUCGGGAGGCAGAGUGCAAGAAGGAAAUGCUGGAUGUCAAGUUCAUGGCAGAUACCAAAAUAGCAGAUUCCAAACGGGCUUUUGAGUUGCAGAAAGCUGCCUUCACUGAGGAGGUCAACAUUAAGACUGCAGAGGCCCAGCUGGCCUACGAGCUCCAGAGCGCCCGGGAGCAGCAGAAGAUCCGUCAGGAGGAGAUCGAGAUCGAGGUGGUGGAGCGCAAGAAGCAGAUUGAGGUGGAGGAGAAGGAGGUGGUGAGGAUGGAGAAGGAGCUGACGGCCACCGUGAAGCAGCCGGCCGAGGCCGAGGCCUAUCGCAUCCAGCAGAUCGCCGAGGGCGAGAAGGUGAAGCAAAUCCUCCUGGCUCAGGCGGAGGCAGAGAAGAUCCGCAAGAUCGGAGAGGCCGAGGCUUUUGUGAUCGAGGCCGUCGGGAUGGCCGAGGCUGAGGGGCUGAAGCUGAAAGCAGAAGCGCUCCAGAAGUAUGGAGAAGCUGCCCAGCUGGCUCUAGUGCUGGAUGCACUGCCUGAGAUCGCUGCCAAAGUGUCUGCUCCCCUCUCCAAAGUGGAUGAGAUCGUUAUUCUCAGUGGAGAGAAAGGCAGCACCAUGUCUGAUGUGAACCGUCUCCUGGCUGAGAUCCCCAACUCCGUGCGUGCCAUCACUGGUGUGGAUCUCACAAAGCUUCCUCUGUUCCAGAAAGCCACCGAGGCCAAGGAAUGAGGUUGGCCAACCCAAAGCUAGUGAAGAUCACUCCCUGUUAUGCACUCAGACAUCAACUGCCUUCAACACAUGGGAAUUCCUUUUAUAUCAAAGACAAUCCGAGUUUCGUUUGUAACUGGUGCCUUAUUUUGUAGGGCCAGAAAGAUGCAUGUCCUGUCUGCUGCUCUUUUUAUUCCAAAGCUGAGAGAGGAUUUAUUUUCUAAUUAACUUUGUGUUGUCUCAGGCCAAUGCCAUCCCCAGUUAUGACUGGCAGCUUGUCUGAUGUUGCAGUCCCUGUGCCUUGCUGUUCUCUGCCCUGGGGUGAGCACCUGGGACUUGGAGCAGAGGUUUGGGAUGGGGAGUUUUAGGAAGAGAACCAAGACCCCCCCUCCCCCGGGCUCCCUGCCCCUCUCUCAGUGACCCUCCUGGGCCCUGUCCCAGCCCUGCCUCUGCCCACAGCUGUCCCUGUGGUUGGCUCUCCCUGUCCCUGUGUGUCACCCCCAGGGCCCCCACAGUGCCAGCAGCCCUGCCCAGGCUGGGUGGGUGGCACUCAUUUCCCCAGGGAAGGUGACAAUCCAGCACUAGCAGUGGGUGCUGCCCUCUCCCAUGCUUGGGGAAUUUUCCUCACAGGAUCUGAAGCAGGGAGAGCUCCAGGGGACAGAGGGAGCCCAGCUCAGCCCUGGUGAGAUCUCACCACUACAAAUACCAAAAAGUAGCGCUGUGCCAAAGCCCCCCAUCCCCUGAGAGGGCAGUGAAGCCACUGUGCCUGCUGUCCCCAGGUGCUGUGACGCUUCCCAACCCACUACUACUCAAGCAGAGUGGUGGUCAGAGGUGGGUGUGGGACCAGCAGGACACUGAGGUGAGGACAGGCUCCUCCAGCACAGCCUGUGCAUCUGCCCCUGCCUCCCUCCCUCCCUCUGCCUCUUAGGCCAGUGGCUUUGCUGCCUUGUGACAAUGUGAAGGACAUUGUCCCCGUGUGUGCCAGUCCUCCCCACAGUGCCCCAGAGCCCUGUGCUGGCCCGUGCCCUCCCCAGCCUGUCCCGGUGCCCGUGUUCAGCGUGGCUGGCACGGCUCAGUGUGUGCAGCCAGCCUGGCACUGCUGCCAGCGGGGGCUCUGGUGGUCCUGCACCCCCAGCUCGCUGCCCCCACCCCGUGCCACAGGGCGGCUGCAGGUCCCUCCCGGGGGUCUCCUUUGCCAGGGGUGACCCUCGGUGGGUGCUGCGGGCGCCCCCGUGCCCUCCGUGCCGUUAUCAGCCCCCGGGUGGGCAGGCGUGCCGGGCCGGGCCGGGCCCUAUCUGCAUGUGCCGCCACCCCGCUGCCGUGAGAUAAAAAACCCCUGAAUAAACCCUUGUC